AUGAUCCCGUUCAACCCCGCGGUCGCCGCGGAGGUGCGCGCCCUGAUCCAGGGCGCCGAGGACUCCACCUUCGAUCCCAUAUAUCGCGAGCUCUCCCAGCUUGUGGAUUGUAGCCCUGAUGGGUGCGUUUUGUUGCUUCAAGUUUGUGUGGAUGAAAUGCUCUUGAACAUUGGUGGGGCAAAGAACCACCAAUUGAAACAUGAUCUAGUAGCCACCAUCUUCAGAUAUUGUGUGGAUAAACCCUACUUCAGCACCAGUUUCUGUGAAGCAUUGAGGGCAAUACCUGUCAGCGAUGGGUUCCUUGAAACACUGUCCAAUGAACUUGAGUUAUCUGCAGCUGAGAGGGUUGGAGUUGGACUUGCUCUCUCAGAUUCUGAGAAUCCAGACUUGAACCUGGAAGGGAGAAAAUUUACAAUUGCUCAAAUUGAGGAGUUAUGCUCAAACCAUGCUCAUUCUGUAUCAAAUGAACGGAUCCAGGAGAUUGUUGUGUUUCUUCUUCAGACUGAAGGCCUCUCAAAGCAUAUGGACUCCUUUACUAAGAUUGUUUCCCUAUUAAAUGUCGAAGAGGGGCCAUUCUAUUUUCCUGUCCCACUUCAGCAAGCCAAUAGUGAUCAAGCAAAUUCUUUGAGAUAUACAGAGAUGUGCAUUGGUAGCUCAGAUGAUGAUUUUGACUCCCUUCUAUCUGAAAUUGGAAAACAAAUAAGCCUGCCUGAUAUCAUCAGUAAACUGGGAUAUGGAUGUACUUCUGAUACUACUCAUUGUAAAGAAAUGUUAUCACUCCUUGAGCCUCUUGAUGAUAUGGGAAUCUCUAAGUUACUAGGGGCGGUUGUUUGCACUCGUAUUGGUGUUGGAGAAGCUCAAAAUACAUAUUCAGUAUUCCUUUCGGCUUUUGGGAACAACCAAACAAUUGACUCAUCUCAGUUGACUGCAUGGAAUAUUGAUGUCCUUGUGGAUUCAAUCAAUGAAAUUGCACCUGGAACUAACUGGACACAUGUAAUAGAAAAUCUUGAUCAUGAGGGUUUCACUAUCCCUGAUGAAGCAGCUUUUCGUUUAUUGAUGUCUAUAUAUUCUCGAGCCUGCAAGGAUCCAUUCCCACUUCAUGCCAUCUGUGGGUCACUGUGGAAUAAUACAGAAGGACAGUUGUCAUUCUUGAAACAUGCAGUGGCAUUGCCAAAUGAUACAUUUACUUUCGCACAUUGUACCAGGAAGAUGGCUUUUCCAGACUUGGGAAAUCGUAACCAAGGCAACCAGGCUUGGUACUGCCUUGACCUUCUUGAGGUGUUAUGUCAGCUUGCCGAACUUGGCUAUGCAAAGCCAGUGCGAGCAAUGCUUGAUUAUCCUCUGAUCAAUUGUCCUGAAGUGUUACUUCUUGGUGUUAGCCAUAUCAAUAUUGCAUAUAAUCUCAUCCAGCACGAAGUGUUGUCUUGUGUUUUUCCUGCUGUGGUGAAGAACAUGCACAGCAGUCUUAUGAAUUAUCUCUGGCAUAUCAACCCUUACCUUACUCUUCGAGGAUUUGUUGAUGCUCAUUCUGACAUAAGUUGUCUUCUGCGAACUGUUGAGAUAUGUGAAGACCUAAAGAUCUUGGCUACUGUCCUUGAUUCCACCCCGUUUGCAUUUAGCAUUAGACUUGCUACAGCUGCCUUUAGGAAGGACCAUAGCCAUCUUGAAAAAUGGCUGACUGAAAAGUUGAGUGCACAAAGAGUGACCUUUCUUGAGGAAUGUGUUCAAUUCUUGAAAGAGAUUAUGAUAAGCACAAAUUAUAAUGCUAUGGAAGGUGCCAUUCAACAUCUUCAAGCUACUCUUUCAAAUAUCUGCUGGGACUCUUGCCCUGUAUUUAUAAAGGUUCUUCGUUCUCACUCGGGGCAGCUGCUGUCUAACCAACUGGUGGAUGAACUAAGGAGAGUUGAAUCAGUGUAUGAAUCAAGUAAUCGUGGUGAUGUAGGAAGGGACAUGCCUUCUUCUGAUGGAGGUUCUGAAGACAUCGAAGCUCAGGCAAAUAUUUAUUUUCAACAGAUGUUUGCUGGACAGAUAAGCAUUGAUGCUAUGAUACAAAUGCUUGCACGCUUCAAAGAAUCAAAAGACAAGAGGGAGCUAUCAAUUUUCAACUGCAUGAUCUCAAAUUUGUUUGAAGAAUACAAGUUCUUCCCGAAGUAUCCAGAUGCACAACUUAAAUUAGCUGCUGUGCUUUUUGGCUCUGUCAUUAAACAUCAACUUGUGGCCCACCUGGCACUUGGAAUUGCUCUACGGGGUGUUCUUGAUGCCCUGCGUAAAUCCAUUGAUUCGAAGAUGUUUAUGUUUGGUACAACAGCGUUGGAGCAGUUUAUGGAUCGAGUAAUUGAGUGGCCACAAUAUUGCAAUCAUAUACUGCAGAUUUCACAUCUUCGUGGGACACAUGCUGAGUUAGUUUCUGCUGUCGAGCAAGCACUUGCCAAGAUAUCGUUGAGUCAAAAUGAGCCCAAUUUGAGCCCCAUGCCUCCUGUGGAUCAGCGAGUUUCUGGUUCACAGUCUAUUGAAAACAUAGAGGCUACUGUAUCACUGUCGUCUCAAUCUUCACCCCAUCAUUCUAGCAGCGUAUCAGCUCUUUCACAAUCUUCUGGUUUUGUACGAUCUAGAAGUUCAGCUCCAUCAGGCAUUCUUCGACAACCUUCCUACACUACAGGAUUUGGAUCUGCUUUAAAUAUCGAGACUCUUGUUGCUGCAGCUGAACGAAGAGAUACACCAAUUGAGGCCCCUCCACCUGAAGUUCAAGACAAAAUUUUCUUCAUGAUCAAUAAUAUUUCCAUUUCUAAUAUGGAGGCUAAGGCAAAAGAGUUUAAUGAGGUUUUACAGGAGCAUUAUUAUCCUUGGUUUGCACAAUACAUGGUCAUGAAAAGGGCAAGCAUUGAACCGAAUUUCCAUGACUUGUAUUUGAAAUUCUUCGACAAGGUUAACUCAAAAUCAUUGAAUAAGGAAAUAAUGAAAGCUACAUACGAGAACUGCAAGGUCUUGUUACGGUCGGAUCUUAUCAAAUCUAGUUCUGAAGAGCGUUCGUUGCUAAAAAAUCUUGGUAGCUGGCUUGGAAAAUGCACUAUAGGUAGGAAUCAAACAUUACGAGCAAAGGAAAUUGACCCAAAAAUCUUAAUAGUUCAGGCUUAUGAAAGGGGGUUGAUGAUUGCGGUCAUUCCGUUUACUUCAAAGAUUCUUGAACCUUGCCAAUCAAGUAUAGCAUAUCGUCCUCCAAAUCCCUGGACGAUGGGUAUUCUUAGUCUUCUUGUUGAGAUAUACAAUCUACCUAAUCUCAAAAUGAACCUCAAGUUUGACAUUGAGGUCUUGUUUAAGAAUCUUAGUGUGGACAUGAAAGAUGUAAAACCAUCUUCUCUUCUUAAAGAUCGGAUUCGGCAGGUUGUCGGAAAUCCAGAUUUUUCAAAUAAAGAUGUUAUUGCAUCUCAAACACCUGCAGCAGCGGCGGUCUCUUCCGGUAUCGUUCCUUCACUGAACCAUGUAGAACUACAAUCUGAGAUCAAUAGCACUUCACGUGCUACAAGCCUUCCAAAUAUGCUUAGUCAGUAUGCAGCACCUAUUCGCCUACCCCCAAACAGUAUGGUUGAAGAUGAUAAGGUUGCUUUAAUCAUGCCUGAACAAGUUAGCUCUCACAGCCUGACCCAGGUUGCACCACCUCAAACACCAUCACCGUCCCCAUUUUCUUUGAGUCAGCUUAUGGCAGCAAUUCCACGUGCUGAUAUAUAUUUCAGAAUCAAUGAAAAGCUUAACUCACUUGGCCCACAAUUGCCGUAUAGCAAAAUCAUGAACGUGGCAUUAGAUAAGGCUAUUAAGGAGAUUAUAGGUCCUGUUAUUCAAAGAAGUGUUACAAUAGCUAGCCGAACCACUAAGGAACUCAUUCUAAAGGAUUAUGCAAUGGAAUCUGAUGAUGGGACCAUUUCUCGCUCUGCACAUUUGAUGGUUGGUACAUUAGCAGGAAGUUUAGCCCAUGUUACUUCCAAGGAGCCUCUUCGUGUUGCUUUGUUAUCUAAUCUUCGAAGUCUUGUUCAGAACCUGAUUAGCAAUAGUGAAACCACUGAACAAAUUAGUCACAUCCUUGUUAAUGAUAAUCUGGAUCUUGGAUGUGCUCUAACAGAGACUGUGGCAACACGCAAGGCUGUUGAGAUGAUUGAUGGAGACAUAAAGCAACCUUUUGCACAACUCAGGAGACAAAAGGAACUACAAGGCUCAGCUUAUUAUGAUGUUUCUCCUUACACUCAAGGUCUUACACGUGUCCCCGAUGUACUCUGUCCUAAGCCUUCUGGUAAUUUGUCUGUUGUCCAACGACGAGUAUACGAGGACUUCAUCACUGUGUGGCAUAGCCAGAGUAGUCAAAAUGCUGGUGCAACAACUUCUGCUACAACAGUGGCCAUUGCCCCAACCGAAUCCAGUACUGCUUCAGUUCAUGGACCAAUUUUAGCACCAUCAGCCUCCAGUAGUUUCUCAACUCUCCAAUUUGCUGCAUUCACAUCUGCAAAUCAUUCAACAGAACUAAUACCUGACAAGAUAGAUCCUGGUGCUACACAACUUUUAAGUACGACUGACAGUUCUGGCCAAGCUUGUGGAAUCACAAAUGUUGCAUCGAUUUUUCCUCCUAUGGCCUCUGGUGAUCUUCUAGUGGGUGAACUAGCAACUGCAACUAAAGAUGUAGGUUCUGCGAUACCACCUUCACCCACAGUUGCUAUCAAUCAUCUAGGAUCUGCUUUUCCAGAACUGCUGAAUACUGGUGAUGCAUUGGACAGAUAUCAACAUGUUUGGCAGAAGCUUGAAACCUUGAUUGUAAACAAUGGGAAAGAUGUGGAAAUUCAGUCUGUUAUCGCCGAAGUUCCUGGUAUCUUGUGCAGAUGUGUGAGUCGGGAUGAAGCCGCUUUAGCAGUUGCACAGAAGGUUUUCAGAAGUUUGUAUGAAAAUGCAUCAAAGAGCACUUUUGUCACAUGGCUUCUAGCAACCCUUGUUGCAGUGCGUGAUGUUUGCAAACUUGUCAUGAAAGAGUUAACAAGCUGGGUAAUAUAUUCAGAUGAAGAGAAGAAAUUUAACUUGGAGAUAGUUAUUGGACUUAUUAGUUAUGAUCUGCUUAAUCUUGGGGAGUAUAAUUCUCAUUUGGCAAAGCUUAUAGAUGGUGGAAGAAACAAGACGGCAACAGAAUUUGCUAUAUCACUCAUCAAGACAUUGGUUACCCAAGAAUCCAGUAGCGUCUCCGAGCUUUUUAAUGUUGUUGAUGCCUUAUCGAAGCUUGCAAUCAGGCCUGGGUCACCUGAUUCAUUGCAGCAAUUGGUUGAAGUUGCAAGGAGUACCUUGAACAGCAGUACUAAUUACACUGCUUCAAAGGAUGAAAAGGUUAUUCAAUCAAGGGAUAAAAAGGUUGUAUCUGGUCAACCUUCGAUGAAUAAUGAAGAAGAUAAUGCUGAUGGCAUUGCUUUUGCUAAUGCUGCUGAUUUUCAGGACAAGGUUGCGGUCUUGUUUUCUGAAUGGUGUCAAAUAUGUGACCAUCCCACCACAGAUUCAGUAUAUAGUCAUCACAUUGUGCAGUUGCAACAGAAUGGCUUGCUGAAGGGAGAUGAUUUGACUGACCGUUUUUUCUUUAGUCUAACGGAACUUGCUAUCGCACACACUAUAGUGCCUGAGCAAGCUAUUGCUCCUAGUGGACUAUCUCCGCAGCCAUCCCAGCAACAUCAGAUUUCUUAUUUUUCAAUUGAUUCAUAUUCAAAACUUGUGACUUCAGUUGUCAAGUCAGUGGAUUUGGGACAAAAUAAAGGCAGUCUUCUCCAUAAGAUUUUCUCUGUGACAGCUAGGAUCAUUCAGAAAGAUGCUGAAGAAAAGAAACUUUCUUUCAAUCCUCGGCCAUAUUUCCGUUUGUUUAUAAAUUGGUUAAGUGAGCUUACUUCUUCUGACUUUCACCAUGAUGGCGCUAAUUUUCAGGUUUUGAGUACAUUUGCAAAUGUACUUCAUAUUCUGCAACCCUUGAGAGUUCCUGCUUGGAGUUUUGCCUGGCUUGAAUUGGUGAGCCACCGAUGCUUCAUGCCAAAGUUAUUGAUGUGCAAUUUGCAAAAUGGCUGGCCGUUUUUCCAGAGGUUGCUCGUUGAUUUGUUCAAAUUCAUGGAGCCAUACCUAAGAAAUGCUGAAUUGGGACAACCUAUUCUCCUUUUGUACAAAGGAACGUUAAGGGUGCUACUUGUGCUAUUGCAUGACUUCCCUGAAUUUCUUUGUGACUAUCACUUCAGUUUCUGUGAUGUGAUUCCCCCAAGCUGCAUUCAAAUGCGUAAUGUUAUUCUUAGUGCUUUCCCACGUAAUAUGAGACUUCCAGAUCCGUCCACUCCUAACCUAAAGAUUGAUCUGCUAGCGGAAAUUUCAAUAGUUCCUCGAAUCAUGACUGAUGUGGAUGGUGCUUUGAAGGCAAAGCAAAUGAAGACUCAGAUUGAUGAAUACCUAAAGAGACCAGAAGGUUCCCUCUUUUUGACUGAUCUAAAGCAGAAGUUGUUGUUAACGCAAAAUGAAGCAAACAUUGCUGGGACUCGUUACAAUGUUCCUCUAGUUAAUUCACUUGUCCUUUACGUUGGCAUGCAGGCUGUGCAACAGUUGCAGCAAAACAAGGUGAAUGCAUCAGCACCAGCACAAAUUAACCAAAGUCAAAUGGAUAUAUUCCAAAUCGAAACAGCUACUGAGAUGUUCAGAAACCUUGUAAUGACUAUGGACACAGAAGGUCGCUACCUUAUUCUCAAUGCGAUUGCUAACCAGCUUCGGUAUCCAAAUAGCCAUACCCACUACUUUUCCUUCAUCAUUCUGUACUUGUUUGCCGAGGCAACACAGGAAAUUGUCCAAGAGCAGAUAACAAGGGUUCUUCUGGAAAGGUUAAUUGUCAACCGGCCUCAUCCUUGGGGAUUACUCAUUACUUUCAUUGAGCUGAUAAAGAAUCCACGCUACAGCUUCUGGACUCGAUCCUUUACACACUGUGCUCCUGAGAUAGAGAAGCUUUUUGAGUCGGUUGCAAGGUCCUGUGGAGGUAAAAGCACGGACGAUGGAAUGGGUCUAGCAGACGGAGGCCACUAG